GUUUUGAAGUAAGAUUGAAACUGAUGUAUGUAUUUUCAUGUGUGAUUCUAGCAUGAUUUAGAAGGAAAAAAUAAAUAAAUAUGGAGAGGAAAGAUGAGAUAUACGAGUAAAAACAAUUUCCCGUUUUAGCGUUCUAAAUCACUCGUACUGAGAAAGAAAAUUCGUAUUUUUACUCUAAUCCUCGUUUUCCGUAAGUGAGAGCUCCCUGAAAAUAUAAAAUGUCAGGCGAAGAAGACAAGACUGAAAAGAAGGUGGAAGCUGUCCCUGAUCCGGAGUUAGAUGAUCUCCUGAACGAUGCCAUCCAAGACUUCAACAAACCUCCGCCCGCGAAGCCCAGUGCCGAAGCUCCCAGCGCUGACUUGGCCUCGGCAAUGGCAGCUCUGGGCGUUGGCGCUGCUGUGUCACAAGGAGGUGGGGAGAAUAACAUAUGGACAGAGGAGUUCAUCCAGCAGGCGACGGCUAAUUUCGAGAAGACGAUGAGAACGCUUAUGGAACAACAGGAAGCGGGCGCAGGGGACAAGAAGCCGGAAGUUGCACCACAGCCACCACCUGGCGAAUCCCCGCCUCUUGAUCUGUCGUCAAUGUCAGCGGAAUUUGCCAAAUUUGCAGAGGCUGCUACCAAGACUGUUUCUGAGGCCCAGUCUGACGCGGACUUCACUCAGUGCCUUGCUGAAACCAUGCAACAGUUGUCUCAGAACAAUGAGCAACUUCAGAGUGUUCCAACUGCAGAUGAUCUGAACAAGAUGUUUGAGAACCUUGGUUUCGGAGGAGGAGAAGGAGAAGGCAUGGGAGGACUCUUCCCCUUGAUGCAGGUCAUGCUGGAAAAUAUCCUGUCGAAGGAAGUGUUGUAUCCGCCUAUGAAGGAGAUCACAGAUAAGUAUCCAGAUUGGCUUGCUGACAAUCGGAACAGUCUCCCGGCAGAAGAAUUUGAGCGAUACAACAAACAAUUUGAAGUCAUGAAACAGCUUGUACAAAUGUAUGAAGAAGAAAACGAAACUGAUUCCGAUGAAGUAAAGGGACAGCGCUUUGAGAAAAUCAUGCAGCAUAUGCAAAAGCUACAGGAAAUGGGACAACCCCCAAAGGAACUGGUGGGAGACAUGGGCCCGGUGAUCAACUUUGAUGCUGCUGGCAAUCCCAUUUUGCCCGACAUGUCCACUCUACUUGGAGCAGCUGGAUUCCCAGGCGGUCAGGAUGGAGCAGCCCAAGAUCCCUCUGCUGCACCAUCGGAUCAGCAACAGCCUCAGGCGGAACAGUGUUCUCUUAUGUGAUUGAUGGAUUGACGUGCUGCCUAGUCAGAAGUUUUGUUUGUUUCCUUGUUUAUAUCUCCAGAGUUAUACAAGAGUGCUGCAUUGCAAAGUUGGGUAAGAAUGAAUAUGUAGGUUGGAGUUGUUUACAGUUUACAGCCAUUUAUGAUUAAAUGGAUUUUUUUUCAUGUAUUGUAGCAGAAAAUGGGAUAAAGAUGUGUUCCACAUUAUCAGAUCAGGUUAUCUAUCUGUACUAAUGGUCACUGAAUUCACUGGAAUAAGAUAUCACAGUGCUUGGACAUGGCACAGUAUGAAAUACCCUUUUUCAUCGCCAAUAAUCACUGGAUAUAAAAUAACCUUUUUCAUCACUGUAAUAAUUGUUGGAUUGUAUAGCUCAUAUAGAAAUUAUUAUUUGUA